AUGUCAUUUAGAAAAGGUGUUGAAAAUACUGGUAAAUUUGUACCGGAGAAAGAGAGUGAUGCUGCAAAAAGGAGAGAAGAUUCAUCAGAAUUAAGGUAUCAGAGGUCUGUUCUGAAUGAUGAGGUUGAUGCCAAGUUUGGCUUCACAAGGUACAAAGAAUCAGCUGAGAGGAUCGGAUGGCUCAUCAAUUUUCAUCCAGUUUCCUUACCGUGUCAGCCAUACUUUUAUAUCAUGACGAAGAAAGAUUGCGAGCGAGAUGUCAUGAUGUACCUGACGAAAAAAUUUGUUGGUCGAGUCCAGAGUGUUGAAAUCGUUGUAAAAGAAGACUUAGAUCUGCCAAAUCAUCUGGUUGGCCUUAAAAGAAAGUUCCUUAAGUUGUCAUUCUCAACUGUCGAGGCCUUAAUCAAAGUUAAAAAAGAUAUUAAGCCUUUUGUGAGAAGAAACAGGGCAAGUUGUGGAAGUAACCAAUAUGAUUCCAAUAGUUUGGAUUCUAACAAGCUAACAGACCACAUGGAAAACAUUAUUGAUAUAAGGGAGCAUGACAUACCCUAUCACGUUCGGGUAUCCAUAGAUCUGAAGCUAAUGGUUGGUCGAUGGUACAGCAUCUCAUCAGCCAAUCAGGAAAUGCCCAUCAUUAAAAUUAUGGAGGACCUUGUCGAUGUCCCUGAUCCAAUAGUGCUAGCGUUUGACAUUGAAACCACAAAGCUGCCAUUGAAAUUCCCUGAUUCACAAGUUGAUCAAAUUUUCAUGAUCUCAUACAUGGUUGACGGGCAGGGUUAUCUGAUAUGCAAUCGAGAUAUAGUGUCAGAAGAUGUGGAGGACUUUGAAUACACGCCAAAGCCCGAGUUUGAAGGACCUUUCAUUGUCUACAAUGAGCCAAAUGAAGCAUCAGCUCUGCAGCGGUUCCUGGACCACAUACUCGAUCUGAAGCCAAAUAUCUUCGUUACUUACAACGGCGACUUUUUUGAUUGGCCAUUCAUUGAGGCCAGGUGCGUUGCAAACAACCUUGACCUUUAUAGGGAGUUGGGAUUUCAGAAGGAAACCCAAUCCGGAUAUCUCAGCAGGGCUUGCAUACAUAUGGAUUGUUUCAUGUGGGUUAAGAGGGACAGCUAUCUCCCAGUUGGAAGUCAGAAUUUGAAAGCUGUGGCCAAAGCAAAGUUGAGGUACGAUCCGGUAGAGAUCGAUCCAGAAGAUAUGUGCAGACUGGCUGCUGAACAACCACAGGUUAUGGCGAAUUAUUCAGUAUCAGAUGCAGUGGCGACAUAUUACCUCUACAUGAAAUACGUACAUCCGUUCAUAUUUGCUCUCUGUACAAUCAUCCCACUCGAACCUGAUGAGGUAAAGACUGACAUCAAGAGAAAGUUAGCCGUACUUCGAGAUUCAUCCAUUCGUUCUGAGAACCCCAUCAUAUACCAUUUGGAUGUGGCCGCCAUGUAUCCCAACAUCAUACUUACUAAUCGUCUUCAGCCCCCAGCCAUUAUAGACGAGGCUUCGUGUGCAGCCUGUGACUUCAACAAAGUGGAUGCCAAGUGCCUCAAGAAAAUGUUUUGGACGAAAAGAACCGAAUUCAUGCCAGCUUCGAGGAGCGAGUACUCAAGAAUUCAACAACAACUUGAGAAUGAAAGGUUUCCCCCUUUGACACCCGGAGGGCCUAGCAGGGCCUUCCAUCAGCUCCCUCCCGAAGAGCAGGCAUCUAUCGAGAAAAGAAGAUUGGCCGGGAUAGAAGAUACGAAUUCAAAGGACUUACUAAGGUUGAGGAAGGCAUUUUUGAUGACGUUCGCAGUCUGGAAAAACAAAGUUGUAGAAGCUGAGAAAAAAGGUGAUGCCAGUGAGCUGAAGAGAGCAAAUGCUCUGCUUGUCUUGUACGAUUCACUACAGUUAGCCCACAAGUGCAUCCUAAACAGUUUCUACGGCUACGUGAUGAGGAAGGGCGCUAGGUGGUAUAGCAUGGAGAUGGCUGGAGUCGUCUGCCACACUGGGGCCAACAUAAUUACAAAAGCGCGCGAAAUUGUCGAGCAAAUUGGGCGCCCUCUGGAAUUGGAUACGGAUGGAAUAUGGUGUAUACUUCCCGCCACUUUCCCAGAAAAUUACGUCAUAAAAACAAAAGAUCCUAAAAAAUCCAAGAUAACUAUAUCAUACCCUGGAGCUAUGCUUAACGUUAUGGUUAAGGAACACUUCACCAACAGCCAGUACCAUGAAUUAGUGGAUAAGGAGCGCCUGCGGUAUGAAGUUAGAAGCGAAAACUCAAUUUUUUUCGAAGUGGAUGGACCUUAUAAGGCCAUGGUCCUGCCUGCGUCUAAGGAAGAAGGUAAAAAGUUAAAGAAGAGAUACGCUGUGUUCAAUUUCGAUGGCUCACUGGCCGAACUUAAAGGAUUUGAAGUGAAAAGGCGAGGCGAACUGCACCUUAUAAAAAUUUUCCAGUCAUCAGUAUUCGAAGCCUUCUUGAAGGGGACGACGCUAGAACAAUGUUACGCCAACGUUGCAAAAGUUGCGGAUUAUUGGCUUGAUGUACUCUACAGCAAGGCUGCCAACAUGCCAGAUUCUGAGUUAUUUGACCUGAUUUCUGAGAACAGAAGCAUGUCACGGAAGCUGGAGGACUAUGGCGUGCAGAAGUCCACCUCCAUCAGCACUGCUAAGAGACUGGCUGAGUUUUUGGGCGACCAGAUGGUAAAAGACGCGGGCCUAGCAUGUCGCUACAUAAUCUCCAAAAAACCAGAAGGUGCUCCCGUGACAGAAAGGGCCGUGCCCUUGGCCAUUUUUCAGGCGGAGAUCUUAGACUGGGAGUACUACAUAGAAAGAUUGGGCAGUGCCAUUCAGAAAAUUAUCACCAUACCAGCAGCCUUGCAAGGGGUACACAAUCCAGUGCCGCGAAUUGCUCAUCCUGAUUGGCUGCACAAGAAACUGCUGGAGAAGACAGAUAUAUUUAAACAAAAGAGAAUCAACGAGAUGUUUGUUGUCAAGAACAAAUCUGACGAUAUUGAAGAUCUCAUGUCGUCGUCGUCGUCACAUCAAGGCAGCAGCAGCAGCAUUGUGCCGGUGGCUACUGUGGUAUCUAGGAAGAGGGAAGCAGAAGAUCUGACGUUAAGUUGGCGGGAAGCCCUGGGAAACCCUCCACCCAUGGGGAAAUCCGAAGCGGAGUUGCAAACCUGGCUGGAGUACCAGAAGAAGAAGUGGGCCUUCCAGAUCAAGCAGAAGAAGCAUCGCUUGAAAAGAGCUCGCUACGAUGACGGUAGCCUACUUGGUACUGGUGUGGGUGGAGUCAUCAGGCAAACGACGUCUACCAUUGGUGGAUUUUUAAAGAAGACUGCCCGUAACGUCUAUGAUUGGCCGUGGCAGAUUAUACAGCUGGCUGAAACCGACCAAUCAGGAAUUUUUAAGAUCUGGGCUCUGAUUGGCGGAGAUUUGCAUUCGUUUAAACUGAUAGUACCGAGAAUAUUUUAUGUCAAUCAGAGAACUUCAAAAGUAGAAGGAGAGGGGUCAAUGUGGAAGCGAGUGAACCGGCUUCUACCUCGUUCACACCCUGUUUUCCAUCUGUACGAAUACAGCGUACCUGAACACAUGUACCUGGAACACAUCAAUGAAAUAAAUGCCGAUCUAAGCUCCCCGGAUGUUGAGGGGGUGUAUGAGACCCAGGUGCCUCUCAUGUUCAGGGCCCUGGUCAAAGGCAGUAAGCAGAUGUUGGCACUCUUCAUUCCUAGCUCAAAGAAGGUUUCUGUCUUUGUCACUGAUACCGUCCGCACCAAUCAGAUGCCUAACUUGAAUAAUAUGUACAAUUCAGAGAGGAAUAAUAAACUCCAAGAAAAAAAUAAUAACAAUAAUAAUAAUAACAACAAUAAUAAUAACAAUAAUAAUAACGUGCCUGGAGCUGGCUACACGUUUGACAUCCGCGUUGAGACUGACGUCAAAAAAGUUUAUAGGUCAUUGCAGAGGUUAUUGACCUCGUAUAAGGAUGAAAAGAAAGGACCAACCUAUAUAGCUAUCCAAUCAAAUAGAGAACAAAAAUACCUGACGUCUUCUGUAAGCAUACUCAAUGAUUUUCCACUGGUUUCCCUCUUGGUUCCCGAAGAGGAGAACAUGUAUGGUGUAUUAGACUGGCAGAGGGCGGGAUCCAAGCAUAUGAUAAACAGUUUUCUCAACUCGGACGCCAUUUUAAAUGCCACUUUAGAACAGUGUAGGUACCUUCACGUACCUCUUGGGAAUUUAAAUAGGGAUGUAACUCAAUUUGGAUGCGAUCUAUUUUACGCGCGCCAUCUACUGAAACAUAAUCACAUUCUUUGGUGUUCCAUGACUGAUAGGCCGGAUUUAGGCGGGAAGGAAGCGGACGAUUGCAGAUUAAUUCUUGGAUCAGAUGUCAAUGGCUUCGAUCGUCUAACUGUCAAUCAUCCAGGUUGCUACUCCACGAUCUGUGUUGAAUUGGAUAUUGUUUCAUUGGCCGUCAAUGCUUUGAUUCAGUCAAACAAGAUCUUGGACAACGAAGGAACUUCUGCCCUCUCUUCAUUUGAAGCACUCAUCUCUCAAACUUCCAUUGAAGACCUGGUGCAAUCAUCAUUGACAGCAGCCGUGACGUCAUCAGCUGCAUCAGCCGUGACGUCAUCAGCUGCAGCAGCUACGCUGUCGUCAUCGUUAGCGUUAGCUAGUUACGACGAUACGGCGCUUUGUUUUACAGCUUUUAGAAUUCUUAAAAAUAUGGUGCAUGGUUGGAUCCAAGAGGUCGCCACGAAUCAGAAUGUAUACGCCGAUCAACAAAUUGUUCAUUUCUACAGAUGGCUGAGGUCUCCAACAUCACUCCUCUACGAUCCGGCUCUUGGAAAAUCUCUUCUCAAUUUAAUGGAGAAAUUAUUUGCUCAGCUGAUGGCCGAAUUCAACCGGCUCGGUUCGGGCGUCAUUUUCGCCGACGCGACUCGACUUAUCGUCUGCACGAAGAAGCGCGAAAUUACCGACGCACUGUCCUACGUGGAUUACAUCACCAGCGUCAUUAGGAAUAAGGAUUUGUUUCAAAUAGUCGAGAUCUCGUACAGACAGUGUUGGCAGAUAUUGCUAUGGAUGGAUAAGGCUAAUUAUGGCGGCAUAAAAGGAGUUCUCCCAUUGGUUGAUAGCUCCGACAGGGAUCAAUCUCUAGCCAAUCAGAGUCAGGCAUUUUCCACCAAUCAAAAUAACUCAGAGACGGAUUCAGCUUAUAAUAAUAGAAAUAGUAUUGAUGAUAAUAUUAAUGAUGAUACUAUGGAUGAAGAUAAUACAAAAUGCUCCUACAAGAAGCUAAUAAGAGAAGAAUUUGGUCAAAAGCUGUUUGGUAUAACCCAGAAAAUAAAGAAAAAACACUCAGCCAAUCAGCGUUCGUUCAUAUUCCCUACCUUGCCCGGUUCCCACCUGCAUUUCACCAAUCCGGCUCUUGAAUUUGUCAAAAGUGUUUGUCAGAUUUUAUUUUUAGAUGAAAAUAUAAAAGAAGAGGUGACCAGAUUAAAACGUGACCUACUUAAGUUGAUCGGGAUUGGUGAGUUCAGCGACCAAUCAGAAUGGAGGGAUCCUUGCCUGUCUUACGUAUUGCCUGAGAUGAUAUGUAAGCAGUGCAACAACAUUCGAGACAUCAAUCUAUGCAGGGAUCCAUACGUCGACAACAUAGGUAUAUGGUACUGCAACCAAUGCAAGUGCGAAUACGAUCUAGAAGAAAUUGAAAUGCAGUUGGUUCAGGCAGUUAGACAGACAUUGGUCUCUUACACGCUACAGGAUCUUACUUGCGAUCGUUGUAAACUGGUAAGUGCAACGAACUUAGCAGAGCAUUGUAGUUGUGCUGGUACAUUCAGCACCAUGCAGCCGACAAAAAACUUCAAACAACUCAUUCUAACUUUCCUCAACAUAUCCAAGUUUUAUAAUCUGGCAUACUUGCAUGAAACUAUCUCAUGGGUUAUAUCUAUGUCCAGUGGCAUAUUAAACUGAUGACGGUAAAGAGGAUAUAUAUAUAUAUAUAUAUUAUUGGUUAAAUAAUUAACUUAUAUCUACGUGUCUGUUUGUGUGUGUGUGUGUGUGCGUGUAUCUGUUUGAAUAUGUCUGUGUCGAAAUGAGAAAGAAAAAGAAAAAC